CUACUCUUCCAACAGUGAGUGCCCUUCGUUUCACUUCACCACCUCACCUGAGCACCCGCCCGUGUCUCCCAGUGUCCCCCGUCCGGUCUCCUCGCACGCCAAACUCUGCGCGCCCGUGCGCUGCCAAGCCAGCAGCCUCGGCCAGGCGCGUGCCGUGAGCCCCAUGAGGCGGCGGCGGUGGGCGCGCGCCGCGGCCGCGGUGUGCCUGGUCGUCGUGUUCGUGCUGCAGCUCGUCGCCGCGGGCGAGGGGAGGCGGGCGCCGCCGCUGCCGCCGGAGCGCGCGCGCGCCCACGCUCACAGGGGGAGCGGGCUGCCGCCGUCCACGGGCAGUGCGUCGUCGCUGCCCGUGCGCCACGGUGAGGCCGCCGCCGGCGCGUUCGUCGGCUUCAAUGCCGCUGGCGCCCGGUGCAAGAGCGGCGGCCGGAAAGCAGCCGGACGACUGGCUCCUGCUGCUGCUGCUGCUGCUGCGUGCGCUGAGGAGGACGACGACGACAAGCGGCGCAUUCCGACGGGUCCCAACCCUCUCCACAACAGAUGAUCGCGCGACGGGGCACAAGAAAUCGGUGUCCAUAGAAGAGUCUACCAAGCAACAAGUUCUCAGCUGUUCAGGGGGGAAAGCAACAUGCACAGCCAGCCAGCAGCAGGCAUGCAUUGAAUUGAAGCUCUGGCCGUCUUUUGGUACUCAUGAAUUCAUCUCCUGUUCUCCUGCUGCUGUUCAUCAUGAACAUGAACACGGACUAGAUAAGUAGAUAGCGAUCUAGUAGCUCAGUUCAACAGUGAAUUUUUUUUGGAUGCUUAGAUUCUUCUAUCCAUUUCUUCUUUUUCGAGCUUUUGUCUGCCAGCACCCGCUGUAUAUUCUGCCUAGCUGUUGGUCUCUUGUUCUGUCAGAAAACAAGAAUUGCUGGGCUCAGCUCCCUCCCAGCUUUCCUCCGCGAGGCGUUUGUUCCGACCCUGGAAAUGGAAGAUUCUUCUGUUCA